GAGGAUGUUUUCGCCAUGGACGCGCGGGUUGAAAAAUGUGCUACGCAUAAUCUAUUCCGCGCUUCUUAUUCGGUAAAUUACCACGUGUUGAUCGCUGCCAUCUUUUCAGCUCCGAUCAAAACAAACUUUCUUUUACGACCGGGGAAAGAAAUACCCAAGCCUUGGUUGAGGAAAAUGGCCCAACCUGUAAGGUUAUACAGUAAGGGAAUCUUCCUUGGAUACCAACGUGGAUUACGAAAUCAAACUGAGUCAACUUCGCUAUUGCGAAUUGAAGGAGUAAACAGCAAACAAGAAACAGAAUUUUAUUUGGGCAAAAGAGUGGCUUUUGUUUACAGAGUAUCCAAAAAGUCUGUUGCAAAAGGAGAAAGAAAGGCCAGCAAAAUUCGAGUAAUCUGGGGUAAAGUAACACGUCCUCAUGGCAGCCGCGGCACAGUUCGGGCCAAGUUUAGACACAACUUACCACCCAAAGCUAUUGGCGGUUCUGUUAAAGUGAUGCUGUAUCCAUCAAGAGUGUAAAUUGGUUGAAAUAAAAAAAAUAAAUACAAAAA